UUCGGCACCCGGCUGGGGGAACUGCCACGGCUCGGACUCUACGCCUUCGGACGAAAAUGGAGGUAGUAUCCCCGCUUUAAUAUCCGUAUAAUCGCAAUUGUUAUGUCGUGGUGAUGACAGUGUCCUUUUCACAACGCGUGCAUGGCAGGACAGCUCGUUUGUGCAACGGUGGCCUAUCCAUUGAUCACGAACGCCUAGGGCUGAAUCAGAACGUAAUUGAUAUUUAUAGGGCGAGAUUUGCCACCCGUUUGCCAAUGCUUUUGCUUUUAGCUUUCAUUCAUAAAAGUGCUAAGUUAGUGCCCUUCUUUCAUGUUCGGACGGGUCUGCAGAGAAGGCCCAACCCAUGCACACUCGCAGGCUGUCACGGAACCACUAGAAGCGAUCCACUCAAGUUAUCAUGUGAGAUGAAGCAAUGAGAUGGUUAACUAUCUA